AUGGGCGUCAACAUGAAUGACUACCGCCUGAAGAUCAUGUGCGUCGAAGGCCAGCUGUCCAUUAUGAACGUCGAUUACCGACUGACCCGCAUGUCUUCCCAAUUCCGUGGAAUGACGCAUAUACUGCUGUUAGAUGGGCUAUUGACCACACGUGCCUUCUUUCAGCACGCCUUGAUGUCACAAAGGAUUCAUCACUACCGACGCCUCAGCCGGAGCGAAUCUUAG